GUGCCCUUCGUGCCCUCCAUCUCCGAGGAGGAAGUGCAAGCUGUGCAGACGGCCUGGGCCAAGGCCAUCAAGACAAUCUCCAAGACCUACCUUGCUGGAGGUGACUAUGUCGCGGAGGCCGCCAGGGCCGCAGGUGAGCUGUAUGGAUAUGGGCACACGAAUGUGCUCUUCAAGCCUACCAAGGCAGCCACAAGCCAAUUCCGGCCAACAGCCUCCGACGCAAUGUCGUAUCCAAGCCGAUGUUGA